CGCGUUCCGCUCGGCCUCGCCGGGCUUGGCGGCUGGCGGGAAGGCGGCGGGGCUCCGCCGGAGCCUGCGUUCAACCGGUGCUCGGGCCGCCCCCGCGCCCCGGGUGUCCGCGCUCCGGCCCUCGCGGCGGGGCCGAGCUGGCGUUCCGGCCACCAGCAGUCGUCCGGGAAUAAUGCAAAGGGUGUCUCAAGGCUCCUGACCAGUGAACAAAGAUUUGAGAAAGACAGCCAAGCCCAUGUUUUCUCCUGAUCAAGAAAAUCAUCCUUCCAAAGCCCCAGUAAAAUAUGGUGAACUCAUUGUCUUAGGGUAUAAUGGGUCUCUCCCAAAUGGCGAUAGAGGAAGGAGGAAGAGUAGAUUUGCUUUGUUUAAAAGACCUAAGGCAAAUGGGGUGAAGCCCAGCACUGUGCAUAUUGCAUGUACUCCUCAGGCUGCCAAGGCAAUAAGCAACAAGGACCAGCACAGCAUCUCCUACACUUUAUCCCGAGCCCAGACAGUGGUGGUUGAAUACACUCAUGACAGCAACACUGACAUGUUCCAGAUUGGUCGGUCAACUGAAAGUCCUAUUGAUUUUGUAGUCACGGACACAGUCCCUGGAAGUCAGAGUAACCCUGACACGCAGUCCGUGCAAAGCACCAUAUCGAGGUUUGCCUGUAGGGUCAUAUGUGAGCGUAACCCCCCCUUUACGGCUCGGAUCUAUGCAGCAGGGUUUGAUUCAUCAAAAAACAUCUUUCUUGGGGAAAAGGCUGCCAAGUGGAAGACAUCUGAUGGGCAGAUGGACGGCUUGACCACUAAUGGAGUUCUUGUGAUGCACCCACGUAAUGGGUUCACGGAGGACUCCAAGCCUGGAGUGUGGAGAGAAAUCUCAGUCUGCGGGAAUGUGUUCAGUCUCCGCGAAACCAGGUCAGCCCAGCAGAGAGGGAAGAUGGUGGAAAUUGAAACCAAUCAGCUACAAGACGGCUCCUUAAUUGACCUUUGUGGGGCAACCUUGCUGUGGCGUACUGCAGAGGGUCUUUCCCACACUCCUACUCUGAAGCACUUAGAAGCUCUAAGACAGGAAAUCAAUGCAGCAAGGCCUCAGUGCCCUGUAGGGUUCAACACACUAGCCUUUCCCAGUAUGAAGAGGAAAGACGUUGUAGAUGAGAAGCAGCCAUGGGUCUAUCUGAACUGCGGCCAUGUUCAUGGCUACCAUAAUUGGGGAAACAAAGAAGAACGCGAUGGAAAAGAUCGUGAAUGUCCUAUGUGUAGGUCUGUUGGUCCCUAUGUCCCUCUGUGGCUUGGAUGUGAAGCUGGAUUUUAUGUGGACGCUGGCCCUCCCACCCAUGCCUUUAGCCCUUGUGGGCACGUGUGUUCAGAAAAGACAACGGCGUAUUGGUCCCAGAUCCCACUUCCUCAUGGUACUCACACUUUUCACGCAGCCUGUCCCUUUUGUGCACAUCAGCUGGCUGGUGAACAGGGCUACAUCAGACUGAUUUUCCAAGGACCUCUAGACUAACAGCUACACUCUAGGACUACAUUAUAAGUUUAUAAGCUAAGUGAGCUGGGUUUUCUCACCCAUUGUCCAUGUAAGUUUCUCUGCUCUGCUCAUUUGCAUUAAGAUGAAGAAUUUUUUAAAAUAUUUAUAAUAGCAAUUUCUGAAAAAAAAUCCGGGAAACUCAAACAAAGGAAUUUUUGAAAGCUCCAGACUUCUGAAUUCUGAGUUUUGAAAAUAUAUUUUGAGGAGAAAAAGACAUAGUCUAAUUUGAUGCCUUCGUUUUAGUGUUUUUGAAUCACCACCCACCCUCAGUGUUGAGAAGUUGUUCUGUAUAACUGAGGGCCUGUUGGUUCAAACUAUGUUAGUUUACAAUUUGUUGCAAACAUUGUAAAAUACAGCAACAUGUAUAUUCAUUUUUUUCUAUUUAUCUUUAUCAUAGAAAAUAACCUUAGAAUGUCGUGAUAGG